UUCGAGGAACUGAUGCUGCAGAUGAAGAACUGGUGGGCUCUCUAUUUUUCUCUUUCUUGCCCUCUCUGAAUGCUUCAAUAACUUCUCUUGAUAAAUUCUCAAGACACUGGCUCAGUUCUGGCAAAGUUUUAGGAAACCCAUCCAGGUACAAUGCAAACCCUGCCUGUAAGGUGAUCAUGUGAGCUUUUUAACAUGAUUACCAUCAAGAAUCUGCUUAACAGUGGAGGGGCCACGGGUACAGUUCUGACUCAAUCCAACACAUAUCGAUCCCACUAUCAAUGCAUGCACCGAUUGUCCUUAGCAUGGCCAUGACAAUGUGCAACUCACUGGGAUGGAGAAUGAGGUGGUUUAAGUCAUUUUGAGCCAUCUGGAGCUUUUUAGCAGGUUCAAGAUACAGUCUUAUGUCAAGAGAUAUAACAGUCUUCCUUUCAGGGCCAUCAGCUAUGAUAGAGAUAUUUUGAGCUGCAUAAGAAAUGUCAAUAAAGUGUUCCCAUUCAUGCGCAGGAUGUACCACUAAAGAGGAUGCACCAAAGUGCAGCUUUUGAAAAAAGUUCUUGUUUUUAUGGCUUUGUUUUCAUGGGAUUUCAUUGAAUCACAGUGUUCUUAUUCAGUAGUUUCUUUUAAACCCACUUAAAACAACUAACGACAUCAAAUGUUAUAAAACAGUAUGCUACCCUUUUAAUGCAGGGUAUAAAGAGUUUUACAUUUUAGCUUUAUUUUCAUGCUACAAGGUCACGUGACCAUUAACUGAACAAAAAUAUGUCAAAAAAACUUACUAAGAGCAGCGACUUGUGUGUUGCAGGGAAAUUUGGUAAGCAAAACGGCUUGCUUACAGGAGUUGUGAGGGAUUUUCAACUCCAGCCUCGUUUCCAUGUUGGUGACCAUAGGUGAAAAUUUCAAACCCUGAUAAUUCCCAUCUGAGCAGGUUGCAAAGCUACCACCAAAACUUUUCACGACUUCUAUGUCCUAAUGAACAUUCCUAGACCAGUGGCUUGCUUUCAGCAAAAAAAAUCCUGUGGCACCUAACAUUAUGACAUUUGCUCCUGGACUAUUAGGGACAGCUGGGCAAAUGUAAGACUAAGUUAAUUUCAGAUGAAAAGGUGAAAGCCCUGAUGUGUCACAGAACAUUAUGACUCUCAGUAUUACAGGAGUUAUAUUCAAUAACUCCUUUUCAACUGUAAAAACCUAGGAUAGAGUUAACUUUUAUACAUGUAGCCCAAUCAUUUUUUUUUUUUCAUUACAAACUUUAAAUUACCUUAAUGGCAACUUAACCAGCUUGCGGAAAUCUCCUAUUUCAAAUACAUAAAAACAAUAGAGAGACUCAGGCACACAGGCUAAAAUAAAUAAUCAGUCUACACCCCAGUGCACUUACACAUUUUAAUGAGUUUUUAAAAGCUCCUUAGAAUUACAAAUUCUUCCUACAAAACUUAAGUAAAGAGGAUAAAUUAUCUGCCUUCUAAAAUUUAUGAAUUUAAUCCAUGGUGCGAAUUGCAAUUCAGGAAAAACAUGAACGCAUCAAAACAUUAAAGAGUUUGAGAGAACAGGAAUCAAAGUUUUGCGAGCAAUUAUGUCUUCCUGCUCAUAACUUGGGGGAGGUUAAUGUACCAACUAAGGAACAACUGAAAGAGCUGGAAGCCAAUGUGCAGUACUUACUAAAGGAACAGGUAAGCUCUUCUUAAUACUGAUUGUUCUAUUAUUUAUUUAUUUUCCUACAGUGUAUAUGGUUCAAAUCUCUGAGAGCUUGUUUUUUUUUUUUUUUUUUUUUUUAAUGGAAUUUGACUGUCCAAUUUUGAGAGAAUGGUUCCACUACAAACUGUAUAGCUGUAGCAUUAGUCGCACAAAUUAAUGGGUUUAUUAAACAUACCCAAAGGCCCCUUAACGAAACUAUCAUAAGCAUGCAAAGAAAGUACUGUCCGAUAGCCCGGGCUAGUGGAUUUUGCUAGCGGGCUAAUGAAUUCUGUUUUUAACAUGCCCGACAGGCAAAUCAUGUUUUUUCAGGAAUUGGAAUAACAGAGGAACUGUGAAAUCAAUUCGCCUCAUCAAAAAGUUUUGGGGGCUAGUUGAAAUGACAUCUGGGCUAGUAGAUGCUAGCUUCUGCUUGCCCGAGUGGCAAGCUGUAAAAAUGAUUUUCUUUGCACCCUGUAUCAUGGUAUUUGUAUAGGUAAUAGAAUGAUUCGUAGUCAUAUUUGGCAUAAAUACCAAGAGUGAUAUUUCAAAAUUGUUAUACGUAAUUUCCCAAGCCGUUAGGCAAGUGAAAUUUGAGACAAUUUUGAAAUAUCACUAGUGGUAUUUAUGCCAAAUAUCACAUACAAAUCAUGCUAUUAUUUGUUUAUACUAUUACCCGCAAAGGUUUUGUAAUUUUUACAUGUAGGUACAUGUAUUUCAAAUUAAGCUGAAAUACCACUGCUCUAAACCAAUCAAAUUGCAGAAAUUUAUCAUCAGUAGUAGUAUAAAGCAUUAAAUCAUCAUCAUCAUCAAGUCUUAUCGCGCCAGUAAGUAGGCGCAUAAGGCCUCCACGCUGUCUGACCAACACUUUCUGUCUUGUGCAACCGCUUUGGCUACUUCCCAGCUCUUCCACCCAGCUUUGUUUUGCUCUUUCUCAACUGUCCUUCUCCAAGUGAGUUUUGGUCUUCCUCUUCCCUCCAACCUUCAGGAGUCCAUCCUAAUGCUGUAAAGAAAAUUUUACAAGUGACAGGUAGUAAAGUCACCCCUCUCCAGCUGUUGCAUUCAAGACAUACAAAUCACCUUUCUUGAACACCGAAUUCACAACAAGUCCCUUCUUCCACACUUUCAACCACCUCUCAGUCUCUCGAAAGCCUGUUGUAACAACUAGUCAGCCUACUUGCAGUUUUCCAUGUCAGCUCUCAAUAAUUCCGGACACACCUCAUCUACUCCAGCUGGUUUCCCUGGCUGUCUUCUUCAACGCAUCCUUGACCUCUUGUAAUCGCCAUCGUCCUACAUCUAUUUCCUCAAUCUCUUCUGAUUCUACUAUGUCAUCCUCAAUUCCACAGGAUUCAUGGGGUCAUCUCUGUUUAAUAUUUCAAGUAUAAAAGUGCGCCACCCAUUUCUGCAGUCUUUCUCUUGUUUCAGUCCUAAGCACCCCUUGUUUGUCCUUAGCACAGGUCUAUUUUUUUAUUUCCACCUUUUUCCAGUUAUCUACGUAGUAAUGCAGUAUAGCUUCUUGGUCCCACCAUUCCCAGCAGCCUUUUGCGCCACUGCAGCCCUCUUCUCUAACCAAUUUCUUUUAUCCUCCCUAGCACACUGUUUCACUUCAUCGUUCUUCACAUUAUACUCCUCUCUCCAUCCCUUUUUCAGUCGUUGCGAUCUUGCACCCUCCAAUUUCAAUUUUUUACCUCUUUCCUCUCCUUGAUCUUUUCCCAUGUUUUGCUUCAUAUCCAUGGUCUACUAAGUUUCUUUGACCUCCCCAAGACUUUCUUUGCCAAAAUCAUAUCGUGUUCUUCCUCUGCAUCAUCUUAAUGUCUCCUAAAGUUUCAAACCUUAAUAUUCCUCCCUUCAAUGUCAUGCCUCCUUCUGAUCUCUUGACUUUGCAGUUUACCUAUGUCAUACCUUUCCCUUAUGUUCUUCCUCCCGUCAGCUCUUGCCAACUUUAGCAGUAUCCUCGUUUUCAUAAGGUAAUGGUCACUGCUCUUGUUAUUAUUCUAGUGUCAAAUAUAGAUGUUCUCAUGUUUCCAUUCACUAGAACAUGGUCAAUCUGGUUUACUGUCCUCCCAUCUGGUGACCUCCAGGUCAGCUUAUGGAUGUCUUUAUGAGGGAAGAUUGUUCCAGUUAUGAUGAACCCAUUUGCUCUACAGAAGUUACAUAACCUCUCCAUUGUCAUUCAUAACACCAAUGCCAAACUUCCUAAUAACCUCCUCUCUAUUGGUAUUGUUGUUGCCUACCUUAGCAUUCAAAUCUCCCAUCACCACAAUUAAUCAUCAAUUCUUUUGCAGCUUGAAAGAGUGUACUGCAGCUGGUUGUAGAGAUAAUCCUUUUCCUCAUCCAUCGCAUCCUUUGUUGGUGUAUAUGCUUGUAUCACUGUCAGUUUUUUGUACUUUGAGUAGAAUUGCGCUGUAAUGAUCCUUUUGCUAAUUGGCAUCCAUUCCAUCAAGGCUCCCCUUUGCCCAGCACUCAUCAUGAUGGCUACUCCUCCCUGUUGUACCUCAUCAUUUGCUACAUACACCACCUUCUCUCCACUCUGCAGUGUUACUGAAAAUCCCUUCCCUUUCCACCUGGCCUCACUUAUCCCUAGCACUUCAAUCCCAUACUCUUUAAUCUCCUUAGCUACUUGCCCUGCCCAUGUUGUCUCCGCCAUGGUCCUUACGUUCCAGCAACCAACUAUUGUCUGCCGCAUGGGGGCUACUAUGGUACCUAUCGGCCUUUGGGCUUCUGGCAGGCUUAAACCCAAGAGCAUCAUUGCAGCCCCAGCUGCAACACCCCCAGUCAGUGUCGUCUCAUUAUCAAUGCUUCUGGUUUCUGUAACAGUUAGUGUUUUUAUGGAGCUGGGUCGUUAGCCCUACACCCAACCCCAAACCUGGAGGACCAGGGGGUCACUCUUUGUCUGGUCUAUACCCUUCGACCUUUUCGGCAUGGGUGGCCCUAGCAGGAGUACAAGACUCCAGCUGACAUUAGCUCUACGGGUCAUUGAGACACGCAAACUGCCCCACCACAAAAAGGUAGUGACCCCAUUUGGAGCAGAUUAAAUACAAGAACAAAAAAAGGAAAACAUGCUGCCGAGGAAAGUAAUAACAGUAAGUUAAUUGAUUGCAAUUACAUGUAAUCCCAGCGUACAAGUUUAGAAAAUGUAGUUAUAAUGAUCGUGUGCAGCGUGCAGAGAAAGUACUGUCCGAUAGCCCGGGGCUAGUGGAUUUUGCUAUCGGGCUAGUGAAUUCUGUUUUUAAGUUGCCUGAUGGGCAAGUGAUGUUUUAUGAGGAAUUUGAAUAACAGAAGAACAAAAAGUUUUUGGGGCUAGUUGAAAUGACGUCUGGGCUAGUAAAUACUAGCUUCAGCUUGCCCAAAUGGCAAGCUGUAAAAAUGAUUUUCUUUGCACCCUGUGUGCGUAACCUUAGUCUUACAGCUGUAGUACAUUCAUAAAUACAUGUGUAACAUUUUCAUGUUGUGGACCUUCAGUUUUAUCCUUGGUUCAGAUUUGAUUUCCUUUUACUUCAAAUACAUGUCAUACAUUACAGAUUUCUGUACACCGUGUACAUGAACCAUGCCCAUAGACAAACUAACCUAAGAAAAAUCAAGUUAUUUUUAAACCAGGGAUGAAAAUUAAUUUAUGUAAUCAAUCCUGCUCAUCAAAAUUUUUUCUGGCUAGUUAAAAAGACUCUUGGGCUAGUAGAUGCUACAGCUGUAGAUACAACCUGCCCAAAUGGAAAACUGUAGAACUUACUUUCUUUGCACCCUGUAAGCAAUGCUUUUGAGGGCUUUUGCCAUUUUUUAUUCCAGGUCAAAAGACUAAAUACUUUCAAGGAACUAAGGCAUUCCAUCCAGACAUUGUGGAAAGAGUUAGAGACAGUGCCAUCAACAUUGAUAGGAAAAGAAAUGGCUAAGGAAGAUGCUGAAACAACAUUUAAACUUUCUUCUCAAAAUAUGGAGGCACUGAGGGACCUAAAUCAAGAGGUAAGCAGUUGAACCUCUUUCCUUUGACAAUGAAGACCUUAAGUGUGAGAACAUUUAGCAGUUACUGAAUUCGGCUUCCGUAGAAUGUGAAGAAUUCUGCAGAUCAAGGAGGGUGUUAUACGGCCCAGGUGGAUAACACCCUCUGAGAUCUGCAGAAUUCUUCAUAUCUUACAAAGGCUAAAUUCAAAGCUUUAUUAUUCAUUCAAAAUAAUAAUUACAAUAAAAACAAGUAAAAACAUGCUAUCGAUAGUGUAUCUUUAUCGAAAGUUUAGGAGAAUGGGGGCUUUUCAGGCCUGCAAAUCUACUCCAAAUAGCAGAUACCGUUCGUCGAGUUGUCUUCUUGCUGUUCUUGCCAUGUUUUUAAACAAUAGUUCGCCGUGAAAUGAGUAGAAAUAAUGUUCUCCCAUUACUAAUUUCGAAAACAACUUAAACUUGUCCCCAGGUUUUCUCGGUUAACGGUUCAACAAUUUGCAACUUUGUUGCACUUUUGACGUCAUCGGUUCAAUAUGGCAAAAGUCUUCCAAAUUUGGUCAACAGUGGCUGGUUAUGAUGAAUUAUAUGCCUGUGAUUUUAGCCAAUCAGAAACGGAGAAAUAUUUUGAAUGAAUAAUAAACUGUAAUAAUAAUAUUAUUUUGUUACUUAUACUACAGUCCAACUUGUUACAAGUGGACCUCUAAUAAGCAUUCACCCUCUAUGGAUGGUCAAUUACCAAAGGAAAUUCCCGGAAAUCAUUUCCCGUAAUUAGUGUAAAGCUGACCUCCAUUAAGCAGUCACCUCUAUGGUUGCAGUCACCUUUUCCUAGAUCCCAACGACUCUUAAUGUCUCUACCUCCAUUAAACAAUAACUUUCAAUCACGAGAUGUAAUACUAACUGCAGCAGAUCACCGGACUUUCCAUAUCCUUUAGUGGUCUUUUAUUCAUUUUUUUUUGACACAAGAAGAGGUAGAUCCAAACACUUUGAGGUCAUUUUGUCGUGGGAUAGAUACAUUGUAUUUUGCUUUUUCACCAUCUUCAUUUUCUUGAAUUAAUAUUAGGUUUGUCAAACCUGUAUUAAGCGGUCAGAAAGCCAUUCACAAAGGGUGACCAUGGGUUUGAUGGUAACAGGAUUUUAUUAUUAAUUUUGUUAAUUCAUAUAGUAAUUAUUUUUUCUUGGAAGUUGGAGAGUCAACAGAAAAGAAAUAUCUCUGAGGCAGCAGACUUGAGAGAAAAAAUCAAGUCUCUUUGGAUCAAACUGGAAGUGGAUGAGACAGAAAGACAAGCUUUCCUUACUAAAAAUGUUGGACAUAAACCUUCUAUAAUUACUAAGGUAGGUAAUAACCAACGAGACAGUAAAAUUGAUAAUAAUAAUGUACACAAAGUGCCUUUUAGCUUUUGAUAUUGAUUUGCAAAUUAAAUAAGUGUGAAGGACCCUCACAUCCUUCUUUUCUUUUUAGCUAAAGAGCGAGGUGGAACGAUUGCAAGCUUUGAAACUGCAACACAUGCAGAAAUUCAUUGAUGGCCUCAGGUAUGCAAGUGUAUUUAACAGAGGUGUCUACCAGCUACAUGAACUUUAAUUCAAAACUGCAAAUGGGCUUUAACAGCCAGAUUCCAGACCAACUCUAACAUGAAACUCUCAAAAGCAAGCUCCACAAACCACUCAAAUGACAAAAGUGUGAUGAUCAUUUUCAAGAUCAAUACCCUAUUUUCUGAAAUCUACUAAGGAGUAAAUCAGGUCUUCUGAAUUCUUGACUGUUUGACUCAAUAGGCUCACACAAGUCCAUACAUUUCCCGCAUUAUUUUAUUAGCACUAAUUAAGCACCGAUUCUUGCAUAAUGAAAUUUAUUAUUUGGUUGGUAAAAUUUAUGCCCACUAACCCUAACAGUUAGUUAGCCACAAAUUUUUUAUUUCGAGCCCUGCAUUUCCUGUACAUAGAAUUUGUAUAUGGCGUAUAAUAAAACAUGGAUUGGACUGGAUUAAUAAAACAUGGAUUGACAGUGUUUCUCUUUUGCCAGAAACUCCUUUUGUUUUUUCAGUCCUUUUUAAUGAUCAAGAACUGCUGUUUGCAAUGAAUUAUUCAAAAGCAGAAAUUUUCUACAGAGAAAAUGAGAGCAAUUUGAACCAUCAGCUUCAAAAUGAGAGCAAAAAUCAAGAUACAAGAACAGUUUUCAUUGUGUCUCACUUUGCAGAUGAGUUUUCUUGUGUCAGCUAUGUGUGUUGGAAGUUCGUUCCGUUAAAACCUUGCAAACUUCUCAGAAAUCGACCUUGAAUUUCAUGUUACACUGACUAGGCAAUUACCCACAAUUGCAUGUACAGUUGAGUCAAGUCAAGCGUAUCCCCCUAGAUUAAUGAAUCGAUUAUUUGAAAAAAUGAAUCUGUUUAUAGUCGUUGCCGCAACCAGUAUCAACAUUCAAAUCUGCAUUCCUGCACACAUAAUGAACAGUUAUCAAUCCAUGUUUUAUUAAUCCAGUCCAGUUCACGUUUUAUUAUAUGCCUUCGUAUACCACUAUAAAAUACCAUACAGUAAAAAGGUUCCUCAGUCAAUAUCCAGAAGACCGGAUGUUUAUAACCAAGAAACCAAUGGGCUUUCUUUACCUUGUUAUUCUAGAAAGGAAUUAUCAGAUCUGUGGGACAAAUGUUUCUUUGGACCUGCUCAGCGAGAGGAGUUUACACCAGCUUUCGAUGGUAUGUGUGGCAUUAAUACACUGUGCAGCAAAGAAAGCUGCAGUGUUUCCUCCAACCUCAUUCCCAGGCUUCUCUCCUACUUGUCCGAGACAAGUAGGAGAGAAACCUGGGAAUGAGGUUGUGUUUCUCUCAAGGCUUGGUUCAAAAACCAAGGCUUUUAAGACCAACUGUAGAAGGUGUCUGGAUAUUGGAUGAAACAUAUUGAGUGGGGUGUUUGACCCCUAAAAUGAAAAAUGCUUAUUCUUGAAGAAAUUUAAAACUAAAGCUCAGGGGUUUUUUUACAAUAACUGAGCAAUUUCUUGUGCUCUGAUUGGUUGAGUCAGUUGUGGUCGAUUAGAGCUAGCACAAACCAUGGCAAUGACAAUGAUAGUGACACAAUUAUUUUAUUUUUCUUUUUCUUGUGAGUGCAAUUUUCCAACAAUCUGCAGUGGCCAGGGAUAUCAAAAUACACAGUGGCCCUGAUAACUGAUUUACCUUAUUUACUUUGGCAUGAGGAAAUGUUGGCUCUGUAAUAUAUUAUUUUCAGUCAAGCAUCAAAGAAAAUGUACUUGUUAAUGAUAGGCCAUCAUUGCAUGGCGUAUUAGAUUUAUUAUACAUGAAUCGUAUGGUACUUGCAUAUUUGAGUAUGAAUCUUCUAUCUCUGAUCUCUUGUUUAUUCAUGGCAUACUUAGAAAAUUACACAGAAGAGCUUCUGUCAAUCCAUGAGCAUCAAGUGGAAGUCAUGAAAAACUAUUAUGAGGAAAACAAGAACAUUUUUAAGCUUGUGGAGAAAAGGGAAGCUUUGUUCAAGACAAUGGAAGAAUUUGAGGUAACUUAAUUAAAAUUACACUUGAAGCUCUUCUAACAGACACUCUAGUAAGUCAGGGGCAGCUCUACUUAUGGCCACCUUCACAAAAUGCUGUUUUUCUCAACUCCCCUUACAGACUCUGUAUUUUUACAUUCCCGUAAUCGGCCAGCCCCAGUUAUGGACACCCUUUUUACGUCCUGAGGGUGUCCGCUUAUGAGAGCUUCCACUGUAUACAAAAGACUUGUUACAUGUACAUAAUAACAUUACUAAUACUUUCACACAAUGUGCUCAAAUUGCAACAUUACAUGUAUUUGCUGCUUAGUACAUGUAAUUGAUACAUUAACAGUCUGUACAUACAUGGGCGGCAUUAACUUGCCUGGGAGCUAUGGGAGGGUUUUAAUUUUUCCUUUGCGAUGAACUUGAAAAGCCGUAACCAAAGAGAGAGCAAAAUAUUUUUUAAUCACUUGCCAUUACAGUUUUAUGUUUUAAGGUUCAAAGACUCUUGUUAACCACGGUACAUGUAGCUACAGUUAGCAACAAAAUUGUUGAGACAUUUUCCUCAAAUGGGGUAUUCCCCUUCCCUAGUAUCAAAGUUGGGGUGUCAAACAGUGGCACAACAUGGAGGGGAUGGGGGAGGAAGACUUUAUUUUAUUUUAUUUUUUUAAGUUGGCAAAAUAUUAGAGAGGCCCUAAUUUAGUGCAAAGUGUCUCGAUCACAAACUAAUUUCAUCGCUGAUUGUAGCUUUCUGACUGUGUAGAUGCUGCUAGUGUGCAAAAGGGCACCCUGCUGGCUAUUAAAUUACUGGCUAUUAUAGCUAGUAUGACCAGGUGUCCUAAAUACAUGUACCAGGGCAAUAGUAACGGAACAUGAUGGAUGAUACUGUCGCCCUUUCUCUUUCAGACUCGUAAGAAUGAUUCUAACAGGCUUGCCAACCGUGGAGGAGCACUGCUCAAAGAGGAAAAAAUCCGAAAAGGAAUAAAUAGAGAAUUGCCAAAGGUGAAUACAUUAUUCUAGCCCAAGAUCAGCUAAAGUCAUUUUAACUAACCUGAAUAAAAUUAAUGUUUUCAUGAGCAGAUUGAAUAAAUAAUAGUUAUAAAUCAUAGCUCUUCUCCUUAGUUCUAGCCUAAGAUCAGCUAGAGUCAUUUGAACUAGCCAAAAUAAAUGUUCGGAAUGAAUUAUUGAUUAUGGUUCUUCUGCAUUUUGAAUUUUGCCAGAAAACUCCUCUUGCCCCUCAGGCGAGUUAAGAAUUCAAUAUAGCCUAAUAGCAAAAGUCCACUAGCCUCAGGCUACUGGACACGACUUGCUUUGCACACUGCAACACUUCAUGUGGAGUCUGUGAUGUUGCUUACAAAGUGGAGAACUUGAAAGCUAAAUUUUGCAAAAUAAACUUAUUGAAAUUAGCAAGGCUGUGAGUGUCACUAAGGUUUCAAAUUGUGUUUCAGGUGUGAAGGGGUUAAUAUUUAUUAGUGGAAAAUGGGCACAUCUGACAAAUCUGCUUUCUUAACCUCCUUUAUGGCAAUUUCCCUUGUUUUAUCUUCAAAUAAUAACCAUUAUAUUAUGAAUUAUUCUAAAUAAUUAUUAAUAUUAAGUUUAAGUUGUCAUUUCUUCCAUUCAUUAAUCAUGAAUUAUUGUUGAAAUAGAUUGAGCAGAAACUGAAGGUGGACGUAGGAAAAUGGGAGGAAGAAAAUGAGAGAAGAUUCCUGAUUAAUGGCUGUCAUUACAUGGACAUAAUCACAAAUCAGUGGGCAGCAUUUAAUGCUCAGAAAGAGCAAGAGAUAUUAGAAAGAGUAAGGAAUUAUUUUAUUAUCACAAGAAUUUGGGGAAAAUUAGUGUAAAUAUUACACUGGAUGUGUAAUGUACUUGUCUUCUCUUCUUUUCACUGUAAGUUAUUUAAAUAACAACAAAAUGUUCAUAAUGUGAUAUAUUUGAAAUGUAUGUGGAUUGUUCAUCACUUUAAUAGCAGUCUGACUUGGAACAAAUGCCUCCACAUAAAAUCAACCUUGCCAAUAUGGUAUCAUUUACUCUUGCCAAGAGUGAUUGGCAUCACAAUCAUUUGGUUAGAUCGUUCCAUUUUGUAGGACUUCAGAUUGUUCCACAGUUUCAGUGUAAACCUUGAAGUGAAACGUGCUUUUUUUCUGGCUUCUUGCCUUAAAGAAUGAGUUAUAUACACAUGAGUAAUGCCCUUGUUUCUGUUCAUGAAAAGUUCUGAUUACAUUGUAGAACAAUUUGUCUAUUAAGUAGAACGAUCUGACCAUGGAACAAAGUGACCGGAUACCACCCUUAAGGAUAUAAGUGUUCCAUGUAAGUGAAUCUCCCAUGUAUCCUUUUAGCUCAUACCAGAGUAAACACAGCCAGUGCCACCGAUGAUUUUAGCCCUUUAUUACAUGUACAUUCAUUGGAUCUUGUUCCUGAAAAAACUGCAUCCCUCAGUGUGACAAAAAGGAUUGCUUUCUGGUUAACCCUUUAAGCUCCAGCAUCAACAUGCAUCUUCUCCACACUGUUCUUCAUAAUUCCUUAUGGUACUGCUUGAGAGAAUUUGUUCUAACAUCACAACAUUUCAUCUUUGGUGAUCAUUCCAUUAAUUCUCAUGACCUGUCUGUUUGAUCAGGCAGUGUUAUUAGUGGGAGAAAUUGGAUGUCGGUCACUAUUGGGGCUUAAAGGGAUAACAGUUUCAAUUUCUUUCCAAAGCACAAAAGGCAACAGGAGAUAAUGGAGAAAGAAAUGGUCUAUGGAAGCAAACCAGCUACCACACCCAAGAAAAGGUAAUUGUGUUUUUGUGGUAUUGAUAACUUUAAAUAAAGAAAGUACCAACAACAAAUAUAAUAUUAUUUAUUGUUUGUUUAAUGCCAGACCUUUGGGUGGAACAACAACACCUCUGAAGACAUCAAAGCGAAUAAAGGUGAGUGCUCUCUGUAAUCAGUGUUCUUGUUAUGCUGAGAUAUAACUUCAUAGAGGAUACCUUACAUGGAUGUCCAAUAUCAAGUUAGACACAGAUUCAGGGUUGUCACUAAGAUUUCAAGUUGCCGGGUAAACACAACAAGUAGACGGGGAAUCAAACGGCCAGGGAUUUCUUUUGGUUCUAUUUUUCUUCUAUUUUCCAAUAAAAGUAGCCGGAGGCCACUCUCUUAGUAGCCGGGGAAAAUCCCCGUCCCCCGGCUCUUAAUGACAACCCUGCAGAUUGUACAGUAUGCCUUGGACUUCAAGCUAGUAAUGAUGUGACAUUCACAUCCGCUAACUUGAACGGGCGGACAUUCAUACAUGCAUGGGCACAAACUUUUGUCGGGACUCAAAUUUCUUGGAUGCAUAGAUAACCAAAUUUUAUUAGCUACAGUGCUCUGCGGCAUGCGUUUUGUGCACAAGAGAGCUUGUUUACACGUAGUUCAAAUGUUUGAUCACUUGCAUAACUUUCUUUUCCUUUACUUGUAUAGAUGCAAGAUGCAACUACAACAUCCACACCAUCCAAGUUUCCGUUACAUUCUAGCAUUUGUCCAUCACCAAGACCAGCUGCUGGAAAAUCAGCUGGGCGCCCACCUCUUACCACUAAAUCAAGUGUUAGAAAAGUGACAAAGACAAUAAAGAAAAAAGUGGUAAGGAGAUAAAUAAUGGUAAUAGGAGUGAGUGGAGUCUUCUCGGUCUAUAAUCAUACACGUAACUAACAAAAUUGGCCGACUGUGUAGGAGGAGUCUGUUUUUUUUAAACCAAGUAUGAUUACUAACCAAACUGGACAACACAAAUUCUGUCACUAAUUAAUCAUGGAUCAUGUGUUUCUGAGCCACAUACCCCUCCCCUAAGAAAACUUUUUUCCGUAACUGAGAAGUACAUGUUAAUGUUGGCUUAGGGGAGGGGUAGGUGGGCAGUUUCCCAGAAACAUAUAAUGAUCCAUCUUAAUCAUAACUAUGACAUGAUUUCUGAUUUUUUAAACUUUUCUAAAAUUAAAACAGAGUGAGUUUAUUAUAAAACUAAAAACUCAUUCAAGUGCGCUCACAACAUGGUGGGUACCGUCCAAUUACUUGGGUGUGACGUGUACUAGUGUCCUUUAGUGCUGAAAUCAGGACAGUUGAUGGCCAAUCAUAUUUGAGAAUUUUUUUAUAGUUAUGAUUAACAAAAUAAUAUAUAUUCACGCAGCUUAGCUCCAAAUUUCAGAUGAAUCGUGCACUUUUUGAUACAAGCAUGAAAUCUGGCACACUGAUAGAAGUCACCAAUACAAACAUUUUCAGAUAUAGUGCCAAGCCGAAAAUAUGUCGGUUUCCAUAGAAACCGCAAAUUGUUAAAUCUGUUUUCUGCAUACGUCUUCUUUAUCACAUGCAACUUCACGAUGUGUUGCCAUAGCAAUGGGAAAAUUAAGGGGGCUAUGUCACACUACUUCCUUUCUUUUUAAGAACCUAAAAUGUGUCUUUGUUAGAAAUGAAUUGUAACAAGAACGGCCAAAAUUUGUUAUCAACGACCUUAUUUUCCUGUCCCCGGUUGCUAGGAUAUGAAGUAAAACAUGGAAACGUUGGGCCAACAUUUUCAAGUUUUAAUGCCGUGCUGGUAAAAUCAAGAAAAAAUAUACAAUGGUUAGUGCUCCUUGGAGCAUUGUUUUAUAUGGGUGAAGGCAGCUUCAGCACAGAAUUUGCACAAAGCAACAAUAUCUUCAUGACUUAGCCCUGUUAAAUAGUUUGAAUUUUAAAAUUAAUACAAAUUAGUCACGAACGCGUUGUCCAUCACAUAUACAAAGCGAGGUACAUGGAAGGUCUGCCUUUACAUAUUUGCAUCUUUCGCUACAACUCUUCUUACAACCACAAUGGAGCAGCUCUUUGCACUUGCUUUUCUCUCCCUAAGGUCCAGCCCCAAUUUGUGGGUUCAGGAAGAACAGGCUUAAGUACCGUUGCUUGCCCCCGCACGUAUCCUCCUUGAUACACGGCGCACUUCACGUGUUGUUCCAGAGCGUCCCGGGUGGAUGGGACUCCUUCCAAACCUCUUCCUUUCUUUGUGAAUAAGCACUUUCGGGCAUCAUUGACCUGAAACAAAUACCAAAUAGUAAGUAUAAAUAAAUCCAAACAUUACACGAUCACAAGUCCUCAAGAAGAAACGAAGAAGAUUAACACCCACCUUGCUGAGGUGGUUAGUCCUGUCGUAAAUCAGAAUGAUAAAUCGUUCUAUGGUGCACAGAUUCUCCUCAGAAAUACUAGAGGGGGUCCCUGCCAGCUCCAGAAAUGUACUAGUAACAUUUGGAAAGUUCUCCCAAACUGCCCAGGCUGGUCUUUUUCCAUACCCAGCGAAGAAGGAUGUUGUGUCGCACCCUGUCAGGGCAUGGAAGAUGGGGAGACACGGGGGAGAUGGGGAGAGAUGUGCUGGUAGGAUCUUUUGAUUUUUUCCGGUUUCGUAGGAGACCCACAAUUCCUUUCGGUCUAAAGUUGCAACAGCGGCAACAGUUAACACUACCACGUCAGUGUCUGUUGAUCGGAUCAUGACUGACUGGUGACCAUCUUGUACUGCAUCAGUAAUAUGAACCAUUAUUCUUGUCUCUACUUCUUCAUGCGAACAGAGUGACAAUUUAUUCCUCCCUGUCGCAGGUGGAGAGCAGAGGACCUCUUCUCCUUUUGUAACUAUAGUUUGCCUGCCCUAGAUCGCCAUUUUCACGACCUGCUCUGAAAAGAACAGGAGCAGCUCCUUCUUGUUGUUAUCUAAACAUAAGAAUUCUUGCCAGUUUUGGGCUACCAUAGCAGAUGGAAGAACUCUCCUCCUGGCGCCAGUGUCUCUCUUCUGCUUUGUGCUUGCCUUCAAACUGUUAGGGAUGUAUUCAUCCCACACCAAAUCCAGCCUCUGUACAUUUUCAAUUGACGGUUUGAUGUACGGUAGAAAGAUCUCGCUGUAUUCCAUGAAAGUUUUACAGAAUUGUGGCGUGAUUAUGGGACUCUUCUGUGCCCACCAAUUUAUCUAUGCACUGUAUUAAGUCACAUUUGCUACCUGACCUGAUUCUCCCACAGUCCGAUAAUGAAGGAGGAGACCCUUGAUUUUCAUGAGAAAAGAAAUCAUCGAGAUCACCAUCUCUACUUUGACAUCCGAUGUAUGGCCUCCGAAACAGCUGGCAGUCCGUUUUUACAGAUUUUAGCUUCAUUUUCUCUUUUGAUGUUGAACUCUUAGACCCUGGUUUCCACAAAGGAAGAUUAUUUCUUGAAAUGCUGUCAUCGAUUGGCUUAAAUCUCUCCGUAAGCUUUUCUUUGAUGAAGAGUUCAUACUGCCCCUUUCCAAUUGACUCAGUGUUGUUCAAAGAAGCUUUCAUUGCUGGAUCAGCUAUGUCUUUCGAUACAAGUGAGAUCGGGGUGUGCUUUCCCCUUCAAAUGAGUUGCCAAGCUCUUCCAUAGUAGACACCAGAGAUUGAACAUGACUUAUCAAGCGCGCUUGACAAGCCGUGGAUUGCUAAUGAUGUGGUGUACAAGUCUGGUUGGUGCUGUCCUCCUCUAUUGUAAUCUCAAACUCUUUUACCAUUUUUGCCAGCUCCGGUCCGGCCACCAUCCAUCUUAAAAGCGCACCAGGAUUCUCAGUGAUUCCAUAAUCCCGCUGUUCCCCUUGAUUAACUCAUUACUCUGUUCAUGAGCCUGGUCUGGUGGUAUAGAUGAAAAAGUAUUAGUCGUCUGCUUCUGCACUGUAAAUUUUCCACAAUUUUAGAACUCCUUGUAGACGUGUGGGUGUUUAUUUGGUAGGUCUACCAUGUCCCUAAUAUCUACUGGUAGCCACCGCUAAUAAUUAGUGCGAUCUAGAGCGAACAUCCAAGGGGUAAUUGCCAUCAAAGCAGCCGUAUACUGUCUGAAGUCCGAUUGUCGAAAGGAGCGCACGAGAAUGAGAAUAAGUAACUAGAACGUGAGGGUCAUAUUCCAGAAUUGGAGCUGCGGGGUCUUACUGGCUUGAUCUCUGCACCAUUCAGGGAAUGGAGGAGCGUUCUCUGUGCAUUGUGCGCAGUAAUUCUUGUAGGCUCUCAGCUGAAGUAUAUAAAGCGAGGAUGCCGUAAUUUGAUGGACUUAUCUUGUACGCGUAAUAAUGUGCAGACGUUACUAAUGACUCAGCCCUUUCAGUCGUGGUUAUCCCGGCUUGAGCAACAGCCUCUGUCCAACCACUUCCCAACAGCCACGAUCCUAUUGCUUCGAGAACCGCUAACUCUAUGUGAAGUCCACCAAGCAUAACUAUCAGCUUAUCUUCUCCCGUCGUGUCUGGAUAUCUCCAUUGUAUUUACUUGGCUAAAGCAUAUAGGGGUUGAUCGAAUGAUACAACUGCAGCUUGCCCUGGGUUGAGGUGUUCAACAGCUUUCAUAACAACAGUUAUGGCAUGCUUGAUCAUGGCUAUAGAAUGAGCAGCUUCUGCAAAAAGAGGCAGCGACGAACUCUGGCAUCGUGCGUUGACGUGUUUCUGUCGUUUUCCGUGGAAAGCAGACCAUGAUACCAUUGCUGUUGUGUUUUUGCUAUGGGCUUUUCCAUUUCCAGCUCGCUUGGCAACAGUGGGUUGCAUAAAUUCUUUGUCUAUCUGUUGGUGGUCUUCUACAUGCUGCCUCAUAUGGUUGAGCCCUUCAGUCUCCUUCACUGUGGUCAGAGAUAGUGCUUCAUCAUCACCAUUUACAUUAUACUGCAUACUUGGCACUCUUAAACCACCUUGUUUUUGACUUGACAAAGGGAGAAUUUUAAUGUAGCUUGAUGGCAGUGCACCUAUGUAGACAAAUUUCUUUGCUUAAAUCGUGCGUUUUUCACACCUUCCCCUUCCACAGUGGGGUGCUCUAUUAGUGAAAUGCUGGUGCCAUGAAAUGAAGUUAUUGCCGUUGUCGACGACGUGUUGUGCUCGAUAUUAUCAACUGCGGCUAUAGUGAAACGUUUGUUUUCAGGUUGGAAGGGCAUACCGUAUCCGUCUCCUUGAAGUGUUCACAAACUGCAUUUGCCAUAUCUGAUGACAAGCCUAGCACUUCAUCGUACGAAAUUGACAUGCCAAGUGAAUGUAAUCUGUCUAUAGGAUCCCCUUUCGUGUUUUUAAAUGAAGCCUCGCACCAAUUUACACUGGUAAUGGACUCUCUUGACUUUUGACAUGCCGAGUACAUUCUUCUGUCUUACGGGGUUACUUCACGUUAUUGAAUUUAAGAAGCUGAGCUAAUGUUAAUGCAGCCUGACUUUGCUUUAUAGUUGACUGGCAUUUAGCUUUUGGCCCUUCAAGGAUCAUGGUUACCAACGAUAGCAAAGUCUGGGGGAUUGAUCCCCUUUGGCAGUUCUGAGAAAACGAUCCAUUGGCUACUUAUGAUUCAGUGAAUAUUUCUUGUCGGACUAUGCUAGCUGAACGUUGUAAACACAUCUCAUAGGCAUCAUUGUCGUUAGAGAAAGCGUCGGAUUUAAUGUCUUAUGUCUUCUGUAAAAGCUACCAACACCUCUCUUCCUUUAUUGUGAGCAGUUAAACCAGGGAUGGCUUCUAUAAGCUUCUCGUUUAGACGCGUGGAAUGUAUCUCUUGAGUCUCCUCCGCCAGACCUUCUCUAAUUAGCCUCUUGCAAUACUCUUUUCUCAAACCCGAGAGCUUGGAAACGGUAGUAUGUGGCUGUCCAUAUCUAGAAUUUUGUAUCUCGGCUAUGAGAUCAGCCAGGACAAUACCGUGGGCCUCUUUUUAGCUGUUUAAUUCUGAUGAACUUUCUUUGUCAUGUUCUCGUGCGCGAUUGUACUGCGCGGCUAGGCACCUCGCGUGAUAUUUUGCUCCAAUAGCUACCAUGUCAGCGAUACUCAGCUUUGAUAUGAGACGGAACUCACUUCACUUGUGAGCAACAGAUCGGACGCGGGAGUCGAUACCCAUUGUACACGCCAUUCUUAUAUCACCCUCGUUAGCUGAUUCCUCACAAAAAGAAGCAAACCGUACGUUUCAUGCUCUCUGGAAACAUACUUGAGCGUGUCUGGUUGCUGCUGCUUUGGCCGUGGCUCUCUUCAGGCACUUUCCUUUUUAUUAUACGCUCCAGUUUGGUCCUAUUGAACGCAUCGCGACACGAUUUAUGCCACAAGGCAAAAUGACUCGUUAAAGUGGAAGCAAUUCCAUUCCCUCGUUUAGACAUUCCCAGUUAACUGCUAAAUGUAACUCUCCCACAUCAUAAAAAAUUAAUGACGUUUGGUCUCGCUCAAAAGUUAGGUGUCCAGCACCAGAGUCGUGUCGUUUCGAAUUAGCCGGACAUUCAGGCUUUUUAGAUGUUUCUUCCUGGCAAAUAAUACAUUUUAACCAGUCAAUAGUUCGUUCAAACUGGCCUGUUUCUCUUUGUAUGAUUGGAAUAACAUUCUUCUCUAGCUGCACCGAUAGAGUCGCACGUACAAAAUUCAGAGUAAAAACCAAGAGAAAGUGGUGGAAAAGCACGUGCAGAAUAAUAGUUAAUAAUAGUUUUCCGAGAAAAUUAUUAACAUAAAGAAGAAGAGAAGAAAAUAACAAAUUGACUUCAAAUUAAAGCAUUUUUAUAUGUAUUUUGGAAUGAAACGUUUAUUAAAUCUCAAAAAAGACCAAGACAUGUACUUCGCGGGGGUCUCGUGUCCGAAAAUUUCAUUCGCUGCAAACAAGCUGGAAUUAGAAAAUUAAGCUUGGCACUAUAACAGGAAACAAAGUUUGGUUCUCGUAUCAAAAAUCGCAUAAUUUUAUUGCGAAGCAGCCGGACUAAUACCUGUAGUUGAACCUUUGCGUCCACCCUCAAGUUAACAAUCAGCUUUUGGAUUCCUACUGGACAAAAAAAAGUUACCAGUAACUGUAAUACACUGUUAGCAGAACCUCUUCUAAUUAAGGCUCCAGCCUUUUUAUUAAGCAGCCACUUUUCCUUUCCUUGAUAGAGGCCACUUAAGGUUUGCACGUAAAUUAUAGAGAUCCUGCAAGAUAAGUACAUUUCUAACACCCAACAACUAGAGCUUUUAUCCUUAAGUGUCUAGCAGGAGUUUAAAGCUUUCAGACUUGCAGCGACACCAGUUGAAGCUGGCCUAGAACUCGACCUCAAAAUUUUUCUUGAGCGCAAAGCGCGAGCUAAUGCCGUGCUUGCCUCGCUUGGCUAAAAAAGCGCCUGUUAUGCAGGCUAAAUUUUCCGGUCAAAGCCUUACAGUUGGAAUUUCUCCUAAACGACCACCUCUUGUAAGCGACCACUUGACGAUGGUUUGAUCUCUAUGGUUACUGUGGUAACCAGUCUUGUCGCCCGAAGUUAUAUCGCCCGAAAUUUUUAGUCAAGUCGCCCGAAAUUUUAAGCAGGAUGAAUUUCGGGCGACUUGACCGGAAACCUUUACUGUACAGUAGACUCCUGGUAACUAGAACCUCCCGCUAACUCGAAGCAAUUUUCAUUUUCUCUUCAGAUUAUUUUCUAUAUAAUUUUAAAUACCUCGAUCACUCGAACUUUUGUCAAUUUUCUUUGAAGGUUCGAAUUAACGGGAGUCGACUGUAUGUACUUCUCUACUCAGUAUAUGAAAAACUUUUUAGUGAUAACACGCGGAGCGAACCUGAUUUAUUAACUGAUAAUCUUUUAAUGCCUGUCUUUGUUAACAGACACCUGGCAGCAGACGGCAGUCGGCCAGGCUGGCAGUGAAAAGAAAGGUUCUUUGUGAGAAAAAUGGCAACACGAGCAAGCUGUUUAAUGGCUCUGUUAAUGCAUCAAUUCGAAUUCUGAAUGGUUUCAAAUCAGCAAGCAAUAAGGAUGAAUCAAUGGUUGUAUGUACUUCGUACAAUGAGUUUGCUGUAAGUGCAGACAAAUCUUAAUUUGACAGGUUUUCAAACACAGAAGUUGCUGUCAAAGAGAUUGAGAAUAUAUCACUAGAAGUAAAAUGAUUUUUUAUUUUAUAUUGAGCUAUUAUCAUGGGGAUAAGAAUGUUUCAACAGGUUUGGUUUGUUUUCCUUGACGGCUAUCAACCUCUUCUCUUUAUUAUCCUGGAUUUGUUCGAAGACAGUUUUUUUUAUGAAAAAUGGAAGUAAUCCGGUCAAUGCAUUAUGGCUUGAAUAUUGGACAAGGUUGUCGUUAUGGAAAUAUUAUGGGUUAUCCCAAAGCCCCUAAAGCUUGGACUGUUUUACACUUGGGCAAAACCUAAAAGACAAUGUAGCCUGUAAGCAUCAGAAGGUUCUUCAUUUAGAGUGACGUGCGAAGCGAGAGGCGGAGGAAAGAAGAACAGGGGUGCUUACUAUUUGCACAAACCAUCCUGGUGGAAGGAAAAUCUUGUUCGUUAUACAGCUAUUUCGAGAAAUGUCGUCGGAUAAAGUGCACGCGACAAACCCGAAAGGUAUUGUGGGUUGUUUAGAGUUCACUAUUUUUCAAAGAAAUUUGAAAGAAUGGCAGGAGAGGCCAUGGACAUAUGUCUGUGAGUGCUAAAGGAAAGCAACAAAAGUAGGAUCGACAGCUACAGUCGUCAGGAACAGUGUAUUGGUCAUAUCCCAUAUUACCUUUCGGGAUUGUCGCGUGCACAUUUUUUCCGACAACCUUUCUCGAAAUAGCUGUAUAUAAAAACUAUAAAAUCCGACGUUGUGGAAGUACGAACCGAUACUAAACAUAUCCAAAUUUACUAAAGCGACUGAAAAAAGUAGAAAAAUUGCAUCGUCUCAAAUCACAGCCCAUAUUUUCUGAAUGCUGCGAACCAUUUGAUUUCCCAACCGGAAUUUCCGGUUUUCUGUAUGUUAAUGGUAAGUACCCCAUGGCUUCCCUUUCUCUCCGCCCUUCGCUCCCGCGUCUCCUUUCGCAUACCACUCGCGCUUUUCUUGUCACGAUAUUCCCCGAAUGGAGAUCUUUAUCGCAGGACAGUCCGCGACUCCACCACUGCUUUCCCCACGAAAUGACGUCUGAGAAACGAGCGCAGAAAUUCCAUACUGAUGACGCGGAAUUUCUGUGCCUGUUUCGUCAUUUCGCGGGAAAGCCGUGGUAGCAUCGCGAUAUGUCGGUUGUUAUCUCAGGCUCGCUUCUUUGCCAAUGGGUGCUGCUAGAGCACAGCCUUGGGGGUUUUAACUUUAUAAUUUCUAAGUUAUGUUAGGUCAGUUUACAUUUGGCAGUGAUCUUAUGAGCGUUUCAUUUUGUUCUUCCUUAGAGUGGCCUGAAUAAAGAGGAGAACAACUGCCGCAGCAGCAUGCUCAACAGAACACAUUCAGUCACUUCAUUCGUGUAG